AUGGGGAUUGCCUCCUCCCUGUGGCUGGCGUCUCGGGUGACCGGCGGGGCAGCUCUACCAUCGGCGUCUCCGGUGGCGGUGGCGAGGCUUGCGGCUGCUGCUGGGGCGGUGGUGGUGGUGAGGCCUGCUACUGCCGCUGGGGCGGUGGUGGUGGCGGGGCCUGUUGCUGCUGGGGCUGCGGCCAGGCUGGUGCCUGGCGCUGCUCUGGAGGCUGAGGUGGAGGUGGCGGUGGUCGCUGCUGUGGCGGAAACCGCCGCAGCUCCUCAGGCCUCCCCUGUGGCUGCUGCUGGCGAUGGGGCGGCGAUGGCAGAGCCCGGGAGCUACUUUGCUCCCACGACUCUGUUGUCUUAUGGCGCUUGGGGGCCGGCUCCCCCACAAAGGAUCCGUCGCCACGGCGGAGCCUCCGCGACCUGUCCUCCUCGCGGUCCCUGCUGCUUCGAGAGCUGGCCGCCUCUAGCUCCUUCCCUCUGCCGGAGGGUGUCGGGGCUCCGUGGCUAG